AUGGAGGUGGGCGAUCCAGACUUUGAGACACCCAGUCAUAUCACGGCCAGUGCCAUUUCAGCCCUCCAAGCGGGUCAGACCCAUUACGAGGCCGCUGGGGGCUCUCCAGGGCUGCGAAAAGCGGUGGCAAACCAUUUGGAACGCAGCAGGCCUGGGCUGAAGGCAGAUCCGGACCAGGUGCUUUGCAUGCCUGGUGGUAAACCAGUGAUUUUCCAUACCAUCGCUGCACUUUGUGAGGAAGGAGACGAGGUGAUUUAUCCCAAUCCCGGCUUCCCAGCCUACGAAACCACCAUCGAGUGGAGCGGCGCCACAGCAGUGCCCUUGCGCCUAGAUGAGUCGACAGGCUUCCGCUUCCGCCAUGAUGAUCUGCGACGCUUGGUCUCACCUCGUACCAAACUCAUCAUCCUUUGUUCUCCUGGAAAUCCCACCGGCGGAGUCCUGACCUCGCAGGAUUUGGACGCGGUGGCGGAUGUGGCUCGGGAGUCCGGUGCUUACGUCCUGAGUGAUGAGAUCUACUCGAGUCUCAUUUUCGAUGGCCAGCACGAUACCAUUCUGCUACGAGAGGGCAUGCCUGAGCGCUGCGUGUUACUGGAUGGCUGCAGCAAGGCAUUCGCGAUGACGGGCUGGCGCCUGGGCUUCGGCCUCUUCCCCAAGGAGCUGGUGGAGCCUGCGCGGAAUUUGGCCAUCAACAGCUGGACCUGCAUUCCACCCUUCGUUGCUGCUGGUGCUAUCACUGCACUGGAUACGCCUAAGGAAGAGCUGGACUACAUGCGUUUGGAAUACGCCGCCAGGCGCGAUUUGCUCUUCGAAAGGCUGAAUCAGUUGCCAGGCAUCUCUGUGGCCGUGAAACCUGCGGGUGCCAUGUAUUUGUUAGCGAACGUCACCGGGACCUCGCUGAGUUCCAGAGACUUUGCGGAUCGCUUGUUGCAGGAGGAGGCGGUUUCGCUCUUGGACGGUCGCUACUUCGGAGAUGGAGGCGAGGGUUUGGUCAGGAUCUCCUUCGCUCAAUCCCGUGAGCGCUUGGAGGAAGGAUGUGAACGAAUCAAAAACUUUCUGAUGCGUUUGAAAGCUUAG